AUGAGCUCGGCACGCUGCACAACGACCGCUGAGCCCGGAGUGCGUCUUACGGAGUACUCUGUCCGUCUCGCCCAAACGGGUCGCUUCUCGCGUCCGCCAAUUCUUGCCUCAGAUCGUCCUGGCCCCGCCCGCAUCACCGCCUGGCGGGACUCCAUCGAACCAAUCGAGAUCGGCCACUGGGAAUUGCAUGUGCAUCGGCCGCGAUGUGGCUACCACAUACAUAGUAGCAUGUACUAUGGCCACAAGCGCAGGGUCGCACGGCCGGAGCGGCGGAAGGGGCAGCGCAGCCAGAGCCAAGAGUGUCUUGGCCGACAGCACUUGCAUCUGGCCACCAUCGCCCCUCCUUUGUCCUCCAGAUCGGCCAGCGGACGUCAUCUGGAGCAGAGGGAAACGAGAGCUGGCACGAGUACAGACCGGGUUAGCUCCCAUUCCUUCGGUGGCGUCCCACUUGCUGAACCGAAGGGCCAGUACUACGAUGCCUCGUACUCCGUAACACGAGAGAAAAUAAAGGAUGGCUUACAAGUCAGCGGGCAAGAUACCCGCAGCCAAGCCGCUACGACUCCUGGUGACAGCAUGCCCAUCUAG